AUAAAUCUACCAUCUCAAACCCUAUGGACCAAUAUGGUGAAACCACGUCCCCGACUGAAGUACUCGAGAACAAUCCCAUCCAUCAAUCAUCAAAACCCAUCAGAAGAAAAAGAAUGGAUAGAACAAUAAAUAAUAAUGGGCCAAUCACAACACCGAUCUCAGCUUCCGACUACGUACUGCAUAAUAACAAUAAUCACCUGAAAAACGAAAGGUUGAGUCCAGGAACUCCGGAUACGUCCAGUAGGUCGAGGUCAGCCACACCGAGUUCGGCAUCUCAUCCAGACACUCCACCCGCUUCUGAAACUCCUUUACUUCCACUCUCCGGCAGAAAUUAUAGCGAUUUCAUGAGAAGUCUGGCUGCCAAGUAUAAUAACACCAAUCCAAAUGAUUACUUCAACGCAGCUAGAAAUGGGUUUCCACCACCUCUGGAUCCAAGAUUCAAGCCUGCCCCCUUUCCCAAUCUAAUUCCUUCCACUUCCCAAGGUAAAGAUACCGACGCCAACAACAAGAAGCCAGAUUUCUCUGUACUGAAUCCCUUUGCUAGUGUAGCUGGAGUACCAGGUUCAUCAGCAAUGUUUCCACCCCUCAUAGAUAUGUCGUCGACUCAAACCCUUUUGGCCCUUGUAAGAACAGCCAAAGAAGCUGAAUUGCAGAAAAAACAAGAAAAAAUAGUUGAUUUGGUUUCAAUCUUCAUUUUGAUCAAUAAUAACUUGGCUACUUUUUCAUACAAAUAUGGCCGGCUUUCACCCCUGGAUCUCUCAGCGGCAGCACCUCCAUCGAAAAGGUCCAGAGUGAAAACUUCUUCCAGAAGUAGUCCAACAAGUGUAGGUUUCACGAUACCAAAACGGGCGGAAAGUGAGAGCCCAAGACUGCACGAGGAUAUUUCCAAUUGGUCAGUUGAUGAUGUGUCGAAUUUUGUCUCCCGGAUAGAUAUUUGUGCUGAAUAUGCUCAGAUUUUCCGAGAUCAGCGAAUAGAUGGCGCUGGCCUACCUCUGCUCACUGAAGAACAUCUGACCAAUACAAUGAAUAUGAAACUGGGACCGGCUCUGAAACUGAGGUCGAUCUUGGCGAAAAAGUUGGGCUCCUGCAGCGUUUGUCUGCAUUGUAGUCACUGUCAUAAUAAUUCUACAGGAUCUCCGGAGCCGGGAACUAGUGCUGGAAAUACGUCGGACUCCGGGGGAGCUUCUUGAAGGAAUUGUUCCUCGUGAAAUAGGGUCUCAACUUUUAGAGUUUAGUAUUUAUUUCCGAAGUGAGCUUAUUGCAAUAUUUUUAUAGAAAUGUGAAUGUUUCAACGUUAUAAUAAUAUUUUUUAGAUUUGUUGGAGGAUGACCUGGAUGAUGAAAGUUCCAACGAAAUGUUUUCUGAAAAUAUUUGUUCUGAACAGAAGUUGAUGAUUUAUAAAGAAUAUAUAAAUCAUUCGGUCAGUUGAAAAUUUCUUAU